UUUCACUGUUGCUUCUCAUUCGAGCAAGAUUCAUAUGAUGAAGGCGGGUAUAUUAAAAUUACUAGAAUUCAUCAUGAUCAUUAAGGUGGAGUCAGAAAGUACCGUGAAAGUGGAACAUGAUAAUGACAAAGUUCAGAUUUUGAAAAGAAAGUUUAGUGACAUUAUUCAAACAAAGUCAUCACCAUCAAAGGUCACAAAGCAGUCAAUGCUUUUAUCGAGGCCAAC